ACACGCGGCUGAAUAGGGGCGGCGCUGUUUCUGCACACACACACACACACACACACACACCCUUUCUAUCUUUCUAAACACACACACACACACACACACACUGAGAGGCACGCUGCUGACUCGCCGAGCUAAAUCAACGGUAAUUGCUGCAGCCAUUUUGGAAUAUAAGCAACUCAUAGGCCUUAUUGCUGGACAGUUGGAUCAAACCUCCCACAUUACAAAUCUUUCCUCAUGAGGAAAAAUGGGGAAUGGAUUGUCGGAACAACCUAGCUUCCUUUCAAGCGUCCCGUUCUUCCAGUCUUUUCACAUCGCCAUCCUUGGGCUGGAUUCUGCAGGGAAGACCACCGUCUUGUACAGACUGCAGUUCAAUGAGUUUGUGAACACGGUGCCCACCAAAGGUUUCAAUGCAGAGAAGGUCAAAGUGUCUCUGGGUGGCCACAGGACUGUGACAUUCCACUUCUGGGACGUCGGUGGUCAGGAGAAGCUACGCCCCCUGUGGAAGUCCUACACACGAUGCACAGAUGGCAUCAUAUUUGUGGUGGACUCUGUGGAUGCAGAGCGCAUGGAGGAGGCCAAAACGGAGCUCCAUAAAAUCGCUAAGACCUCCGAAAACCAGGGGGUGCCCCUGCUGGUGGUGGCCAACAAACAGGACUUGAGACACUCUCUGGGAUUGGCUGAAAUAGAGAAAUUGCUGGCGCUGAAAGAACUGGGCCCUGCAACUCCUUGGCAUCUGCAGCCAACCUGUGCCAUCAUAGGAGAAGGACUCAGGGAGGGCCUGGAAAGACUCCAUGACAUGAUCCUGAAAAGGAGAAAGGUGCUCCGGCAGCAGAGGAAAAAGAGAUAAACUUGUCAUGAGAGAGACUUGUCUGCUGUUUUAUGUGAAGGAAACAUAAUGGAUUUUCUCCUGUGUGGACUCAAGCUUCCACUGCAGGUCCAGAUUCAACACGCUGAGUUUUAUCAGUCAAAAACUGAGCUUUAGGAUUCCUGGUCUUGGUCUUGUGAUGAUGCUGUUGAUCAGGAAGUGACACAUAAAGGAAUACAGUAUGAAGAUGAGAAAGUUUCAGAAAUGUGUGGAGGUGUUAUAAAGAGUUUAUAUGGAUUAAAAUGCACAGAGGGUUUGGGGUCUGGAAGGGUGAUAGAAGAUGUUUUAAGGUUGCUGUACGUUUCAUGAAUGGCUACUGGCUGUUCCAAACAAUGCUACCAAAAAUAAUUUAAGAAAAGGCUUUGACUCGUUGAAGGUUUAUUCAGUAAAUAAUUGUUACACCAGAGAGGGCAAUGACGUGAACAUCAGUUUCAUUUUACUGUUUUAUAUGUCGUUAUCCUAAUUGUUAUUUUUUACACUGGACUUUCUUUGUGAGAGAAAAGUAUUAUCAUGCAUUAUUAUCGAUUUGCUUGCUGUCUUAUAUCUCUUGAUUUUUAAAAGCACUUUAGAGUAUGACUUCUUAUGAAGUUUACAGUUUUUAAAUAGAGCAUAUUGUGUUGGAUUUUACAAAAAUGUUUGGGCAAAAUACAUCUGACUCUGCUGUACAGUAGGUGGUCCUCAUUGGCCACAUUGUCAUUAGACAGGUUUUAUGCAUUAUGAUUUCUUAAAUAAAACAUAUUUAGAACAA